AUGGUGGAGAGGUUGGAAUUUGAAAACAUUGAUUACCACCAACACCCCUGCCAUGUAAAUGGAACUUUCUGGCAGAAAAGAAAAGCAGAUGAGAUUGGGCGCGCUCUCAGUCCUGUGAUUCCUGCUCUGAGGAAUCAUGCAGGAGCAGCCGCCUUUCUGCCAGUAAACACGCACGCGCAGGCUCCAGAAUGUAUUGUCAAGCUUGGAUCACAGACUUGCACGAGAGACACGAAGAUGAUGUGGACACUUUUGACUGCUCUGACAUUUCUGCUGCUGAGUGAUGUCUGCUCAGGUUCUGCUUCUAUGGCUUCUCCUGUCAAAAACCCAGAAAACAUCACACAGGUGCCAGAAGCUGAAGCAGUAGACUUGCCUGUUAUUCCAAUUCUCAUUGAAGUCAAUCCUCCACCAGAUCUCAAUUCCAGCUUUAUGUUUAGGAAAGCAUCAGCUCAGCGGAGUUCACUUGAUUCUUCUUCAGUCGUUGACAGCACCGUUAACCUGCAAUGGGUCCCCUUUACAGGUUCAGUUCCCAGUGACACAGUAUCCAUGUGGAAUUAUUAUGCUUCACGGACCGACUAUGUCUGUAAAGUCCACUGUGAACCUGGAUUCUAUAGUCCGAGUAAAGGUUCAAGAUGUUUUUAUGCUUAUGGCGGAAAAGAGCAUUAUUCGUCUUCAUUUGACAUUUUGGUAAACCGGGACCAUUUUGAGUUUCUACAGUGGGUGUCGGGAAAAUAUGGUUCAAUUCCAUCAUUACCCAUCAGGUCCUGUGAAGGUUACGACGCCUUUGUUGGUAAAAACAGGUAUGGCUUAGGUAAGGUGGUUCCAAAGCAUACUGCCUUCUUCUUGCCAUGGGAGGGUUAUGAGUACUUUUAUAAGGAUUAUGAUGUCCUCUCCAUCAACCCAGGAUCUUACAGUCAGAAAAUCUCUAAUGUCAUCUAUGAUACUAAUCAGAUGAACUUUCUUGAACUACCUCCUGAUGUGCUGAGAGUAGCAUCUGUGGAUAACCACGACUGCCAGAGUGCAAAGAAAAGUGUCACCCUAGUGGCAACAACCACGAAUGAGAAACGCUGGGGCAUCCAGCGUUCAACAAUGUAUGGAGUCUCUGUUACCAUCACUGCUGGAAUCCCUGAAUUGUUCACUGGGUCUGUCAGUGUCUCCACAGAGAAAACGUUCACCACUACUUUGGGUGAAACCUCAAGCACGUCUGACAGUCACUCCUUGUCUGUUGCGGUAACUGUUCAACCCAAUCACUUCUGCAGAGUGAUGAUGGUAGGAAAGAAGGUGACUGCUGACAUCCCCUACACUGCCAGGCUGAGCCGUACUUACUGGAAUGGCAAGAUAAGAAGCACCACUGUUGUCGGCAAAUAUCAAGGAGUGAAGAUUGGGGAAGUGAAAGCUGUGAUCCAGCGAUGCGAACAAAUCCCUGAUGCUCAACCUUGUCCAACUGCAUGAUCUGACUGGGAAAUAUCACAGUGAC